AUGCCUAGCCGCCAACACUUGGACGAGCUUCUCGAGGCUGUGAAGGCCGAGUUUGACAAUCUUACCAGAGAAACGUCUCGGUAUAAGGACGACCACCAUGAAUACGAGCUCAAGCUAAAUCAACAACAUCAAGAGUUGACAAACAUCAGCAACACCGUCUAUGAGUUGGAGCAAGCGCAUCGGUCCAUGAAAGAUGCCUAUGAGAGGGAAAUCAUGAAACUCAAGCAAGAGUUGGAGGUGAGGGACCGUUUAUUAGAACAACAAUCUUUACAGCAUCAUCACCAAGUGCAAGCGCAUGCGCAAGCUCAGGCCCAAGCUCAAGCCCAAGCUGCUGCCCAGGCUCAAGUCCAGGCGCAUCAAGCCGCAGCCGCCCAACAGGCAGCAGCGUCUCAGCAGGUCCACCAGCAAUUCCCUCCGCCAAAUUUAUCAAACUCCCCGUUUCCUAACAAACCGGAUAUUUUCAACAACGGUAAUGAUACAAGCAGUAAUAACAGCAAUAAUAAUACUAAUGGUAACAACAACAAAAAUAGCAACAGCAAUAAUAAUAGUAAUAUCUUGAACCAACAGAAUUCUCCGGGUUUGGGUAAACUUUCGGCUAUCGCACCAAUCAACGGCACUACUUCGAGUAAUAGUCUAGGUGCAGCUUCAAAUACAAACACAAAUACAAAUGCAGGUGUCACUUUACCUCCGAUCCCAGGAACAGCGGGAUCUUCAACAAACUCAAACCCAAACAACAUUCCACAAAUUUCUUCUAUUCAUGGAACUGCGCCACCAAUCCCUUCAUCCGUUACCGCUACUGCUACUGCUGCAGGUACUCCGAAAACAGAGCAAACUCACUUGUCAGCUGCAGAGAAAUCGGCUUCUCCAAAAAAAUCACCAACUGGCUCAACUGCCUCCACUGCAGAUAAUUCGAAAUCUCAGGCUCUAGUUAAGAGAGCCCAACAUAACAAGCCAAUACCAGCGUUUUUGAAAGACUUUGAUGCUUACUCCUCGUUACCUUAUAAACAACAGCAUAACGACUACUACCUUGUUUACAACCCCAACAUCCCUAAGAAGGUGGAUAUUUCACUAGUUCAUUCCUUCGAUCAUACUUCUGUUGUUUGUUGCGUUUCAUUCUCGAAAGAUGGAAAAUUCUUAGCAACUGGUUGCAAUAAGCUAACUCAGGUUUUCAGUGUUGAAACAGGUGAUUUGGUUGCUAGGUUAAACGAUGAAUCUUCAGUCUCUCCUACUGGAGGUUAUGAUACUGAUACAGGUGACUUGUAUAUCCGGUCGGUUUGUUUCUCCCCAGAUGGUAAAUUUUUAGCAACUGGUGCAGAAGAUAAAAUCAUCAGAAUAUGGGAUUUGGCAACUAGAACGAUUGUCAAAUAUCUAAAGGGCCAUGAGCAAGACAUUUAUUCCCUUGAUUUCUUCCCAGAUGGUAAGAGAUUAGUGUCUGGUUCAGGUGACAGAACUGUUAGAAUUUGGGAUGUCUACAAUGGACAAUGCUCUCUAACUCUAAGUAUAGAAGAUGGAGUUACCACUGUUGCGGUUUCCCCUGACGGUUCUCUUAUUGCUGCAGGUUCUCUCGAUAGAACCGUUAGAGUUUGGGAUGCCAAUAAAGGCUACCUAGUUGAAAGGUUGGAUUCUUCGAAUGAGUUUGGAAAUGGUCAUAUGGACUCUGUUUAUUCCGUGACCUUCACAAACAAUGGUAAAGAAAUUGCAUCAGGUUCCUUGGACAGAACUAUUAAACUUUGGUCUCUAAAGGAUCUCGAUAAGCAACCAAGCAGUGUAUCCAAAUCCAAUUGCGAGGUUACCUAUGUUGGGCAUAAGGAUUUUGUCUUGAGUGUAUGCUGUACACCUGACGACCAGUUCAUCUUGUCAGGUUCCAAAGAUAGAGGUGUUAUCAUGUGGGACAAAGAGUCUGGUGAACCAUAUAUCAUGCUGCAAGGACAUAGAAACUCCGUCAUUAGUGUGUCCGUUUCACCUGUUGUUGGUUCAAAUGGUGGCUAUUUUGCUACAGGUUCUGGAGAUUGUAAGGCCAGAAUUUGGAAAUAUGAAAAAAUAACUGAGCUCAACUAG